CACGAGGUUCAUAUUUUUCAAAAGGGUUACAGUUAGUUAUCGUAUGUUGAUUCACGUUGUUUUCCGAGACGCGUUUAUUGGUAGGGAGAAGUAGCCGAUGUUAUUGGACGCUAGUUUCUUGGGACGAGACCCUUGAACCCCGGAUCGAAAUUAUCACACUCCGUAGACCCGAACAUUAUUGUCAUCAAUGAACACGAGGGGGAAUAGGAGUAUAAGGAAAGGAAUCGUGGAUAUUCAAUGGCUGAAGGGAAGACAUGAUCGUCUCAGAGAGAACUUGCGAUGCUGAUGCUCGAAUAUUGUGUUUCCAUUGUUUGUGAACCGUGGUGCAUGAUGGCCUCUCACAAAACUGCGGAGGUUGCACCCACGAGCUGAAAGGGAAGCGAACGCGGCGGUAAAAGGGCAUCGCCCGUUUCUUGCAUACAGAAAAAGAAGCCUCCGGCAUAGGCGGUCUGCUAUUUGAGCUUUGUUUCGAGGGCCGAGAUGAAUGCAGAUGUCUGACGUCUAGUAUUUACUGGCCAGGCCUCACCGAGAUGUUGAGCUCUGCUCUACAACGGACCCAGACCGGAGCCAAUUGAGCCUAAACCAUUGAUAAUUUCAGAGAUUCUAGAACCCUGACGUAGUUGGCCAAUGUAUUUCGCAUGUAACUCCCUGCAAAAAACACAACCCCUCGGUGGGGUCCCCUCCGAGGGACCUCCGGUGUGGUAGUGAGUUAGUGAGUGAGUGGUGCGAGAAGAGUCACCCUGAGCCAAGCUAAAAUUUGUGUCUACAACUGAACCUCUCUCUCUCUCGCUCGAUACAUAUACCUUUUCUCUACGUUUCAACGCACAUCACCGUCUUCAGCCUCGUGGCGCUCGUAUUGAAGUUUCUUUUGACUCACCUCGGUCGCCUACUCCGUUGAGCUUCACUGAAAUACUAUAUCUCUUCCCUCCAAAGGUAGACCAAACUGUGCCCCUCCAUAUCAAAAUUUCAACCUUAGACAAGUUCAACAGCUCACAUAUUCACAAUGCCUUCAGCCGUAGAAAUGGUCAGUAUCGCUGCCGAUGACACCAGAGUCCUCGGACAGGAUCCUCUGAUCCCUCCCGCUCUUCUCACCUCCGAGAUCCCUCUCCCCGAGAAGGCCACAAACACCGUUGUCAAGGGCCGUCAAGAUGCUGCCGACAUUGUUCUUGGCGAGAGCGACAGGCUUCUCGUCGUUGUCGGCCCCUGCUCCAUUCACGACCCUGUCGCCGCUCAGGAAUACGCUUCCAGACUCAAGGAGCUCUCUGACAAGCUCUCCGACGAUCUCUGCAUCGUGAUGCGCGCCUACCUCGAGAAGCCCCGAACAACCGUUGGCUGGAAGGGUCUCAUCAACGAUCCCGAUAUCGAUAACUCUUUCAAGAUCAACAAGGGCCUCCGUGUUUCCCGCCAGCUGUUCGUUGACUUGACCAGCAAGGGUCUACCUAUUGCCACCGAGAUGCUCGAUACCAUUUCUCCUCAGUUCCUUGCCGACUGUAUCUCUGUCGGUGCUAUUGGUGCCCGUACUACCGAGUCCCAGCUGCACCGUGAGCUUGCUUCCGGUCUGUCUUUCCCUGUUGGUUUCAAGAACGGCACAGACGGUAGCCUUGGUGUUGCCAUUGACGCUAUUGGCGCUGCUGCUGCUCAGCACCACUUCAUGGGUGUCACAAAACAAGGCCUUGCUGCUAUUACCCGCACCAAGGGUAACGAACACUGCUUUGUUAUUCUCCGUGGUGGAACCAAGGGCACAAACUUCGACAAGGAGAGUGUCCAGGCUGCCAAGAAGGUCCUUCAGGACAAGAAGCAGAAGGAGGCUAUCAUGAUUGAUUGCUCCCACGGUAACUCUUCCAAGAACCACAAGAACCAGCCCAAGGUUGCCAAGGUCGUUGGUGAACAACUUCGUGAGGGCGAGAAGGCCAUCAUUGGUGUUAUGAUCGAGUCCAACAUUGGUGAGGGUAACCAAAAGGUUCCCGCCGAGGGCCCUGCUGCUCUCCAGCGUGGUGUCAGCAUCACUGAUGCUUGCAUCAACUGGGAGGACACAGCCGUUGUGCUCGAGGACUUGGCUGAUGCUGUCCGCACUCGCCGCAAGGUCAACCGCUCUUAGAAGGUUGCACUUGUGGAGUAGAAGGAGUGGAAUACGAGGAUUUAGUUCAAAAAUGCUGUGUUGUUUUGGGAGUUAAUGAAUAGACCUAGGUAGAAUGGUCAGGUGAUGGAAAAGUCGGCGCAUAUAGGUUGCAUGGAAAUUGGCACAAUGCCUGUUCUUUUUAUCAUAUACACUCAUGAAUAUUCCGAACAUUGCCAAAGGGGUCAACUGACCUCCUGUAAACUUCAGAGAACCCAAGGACGCCAGACUCCUCUACAUGUGACGGAACCACAGAUACCACAUAUAUUCAAACACAGAGGCGUAAGAUGCUAC